AUGCCCAUGCUGCUGGCUCCCGAGGACCCGCCGCAGACGCCGACAAUGAGUCGCGUUGCUGCCAGCACAGCCCUGCGAAGCGUGAUUUUGGCUGCCACUGCCUGCAGCGGCGCUGCCAGUGCUGCCACCAGCGCUGCCGACGAGCUGGCGGAGCUCCGAAAGGACUUCCGUCGAUCGGUGGAGCAGCGCGAGGCUCGCCGGUCCAGCUCUGCGCCCUACUUGGGCUUCUCGAGAAGUUACCUGAAGGAGCGAGAUCCGGAGAGCUUUGCCCGGGUAGAAGAGCAGUCGAAGGCAGCUCAGGACCGUGCAGAGGCGGCCCUGAAAGCGCACCGCCAGACACGUCUUGCGCUGUGCCGGCAGCAGGCUUCUAAGAAGGACGGCGAGGGUGCCGAAACCACCGACACCAUCGAGCGAAGCAGGCAUGAGACGGCAAAAGCAGUCGCCCAAACGGCCGAGGUCCGAGCCCACCUAGCGGCAAGCGAACUUGAGCUGGCGGAGGAGCAGGAGGUUCGGCGGAAGCUGGAGGCGGAGAUGGAGGCGCUAAAUCAGCGUAUCCGGCAGACGCAGGCAGAAGCAGCGCUGGUGCGCGCAGAGCUGGAUGGGACAAGGGCCAGCGAGGCCGCGAACCUGUCGAAGCUCCGAGAAGAGCUCCAGGGCGCAAGGUCCCAGAUCAUCUCCCAGGCCGAGCUCACAAAGAACGCCCGGGAGGCUUCUAGCGAGGCUUCCGCUGCCCUCGCGGCGAUGGCGGAAGCCCGGGCGGCUGAGAAGAACGAGGCCGCAACGGCCUCUUCCCUACGGCAGAACCUCAAAGAGGCCCUGGCCGAGGUUGCAGCGGCAAAGUCCGAGAUCUGCGACCAGCAGGUGGAUGCCAGCGUUCGACUGAUGCAGCUGGAGCAUUCAGAGGCCGAAGCCCUGACGGCGCUGUCUCGUGACUCCAUGCAGCAUGAACUCUCGGAGAUGCUCGUGGCUCGCAGGGAGCAGGGCGCGCGGCGCCUGAUUUCAUCGCUCCUGGCGUCCAGUUUCGAGGCUUUCCUCCGCAAGACUUUUCGGGCCUGGCAGAAGGUGAAGGACGACGAGCCCCUGGCGAAGGAGGCAGCAAAAGCUGCAGAGUGCAGGCGAGAGGUGACAGAACUCCGCGCAGAGCUUGCAGCG